GACAAGUGUCAUUUCCAUAGCCUUAUACUUGUAUUUCAAAAUCAUCCUCUUUCUUCCUACAUACCCUCCUUUUUUCUUCCUUCCUUCUACACUUCUCUUCAUCAACUUUCCAACCAAACCUCCAUCUUUUCUCUCAUUCUCUUAUACCCUUUUACACAACUUCUUCAAAACUCUUCCUUUUAACACUCUUUUCAAGAACCACAGUACCAGUGUUUCUUGAAUUCCAUUCUUGGACUCUUCAUGGCUCUCACUCAGUUAAACUCCACUUGCUCAAAACCUCAACUUCACUCAUCAUCACAGCUCUCAUUUCUCUCUAGGACUAGGACUAGGACUCUUCCUAGGCACUAUCACUCUACUUUUGCUCCACUUCACAGAACUCAGCAUGCUAGAAUUUCUUGUUCUGUUGCACCAAAUCAAGUGCAGGUUCCAGCUGCACAAACACAGGAUCCCAAGGGUAAGCCUGAUUGCUAUGGUGUCUUCUGCCUUACCUAUGAUUUGAAGGCUGAAGAGGAGACAAAAUCGUGGAAGAAGUUGAUUAACAUUGCAGUCUCAGGUGCGGCUGGAAUGAUUUCCAAUCAUCUACUUUUCAAGCUUGCAUCUGGUGAAGUUUUCGGUCCAGAUCAACCUAUUGCACUGAAAUUAUUAGGAUCAGAAAGGUCAAUCCAAGCUCUUGAAGGUGUUGCAAUGGAAUUGGAGGACUCUUUGUUUCCUUUGCUGAGAGAGGUUGUUAUCAGCAUUGAUCCUUAUGAGGUCUUCCAAGAUGCAGAAUGGGCUUUGCUAAUAGGCGCAAAGCCUCGAGGACCUGGAGUGGAGCGUGCAGCUUUGCUAGACAUAAAUGGGCAGAUUUUUGCGGAGCAGGGAAAAGCACUUAAUGCUGUCGCAUCGCGUAAUGCCAAAGUUAUAGUUGUGGGAAACCCUUGCAAUACCAAUGCAUUAAUAUGUUUGAAGAAUGCUCCAAAUAUUCCUGCGAAAAACUUUCAUGCUUUAACUCGUUUAGAUGAAAACAGGGCAAAAUGUCAGCUAGCCCUCAAGGCAGGUGUCUUCUACGAUAAAGUUUCGAAUAUGACAAUAUGGGGCAACCACUCAACUACUCAAGUCCCCGACUUCUUAAAUGCCAGAAUCGACGGUUUGCCCGUCAAAGAAGUGAUUAAGGAUAAUAAGUGGUUAGAGGAAGAGUUCACUGAAAAGGUUCAAAAGAGAGGUGGCGUGCUUAUUCAAAAAUGGGGAAGAUCAUCUGCUGCAUCAACUUCAGUGUCGAUAGUUGAUGCCAUACGAUCUUUGAUCACUCCUACUCCCGAGGGUGACUGGUUUUCUUCUGGUGUAUAUACCAACGGAAAUCCUUACGGAAUAGCUGAAGAUAUCGUGUUCAGCAUGCCAUGUAGAUCAAAGGGAGAUGGUGAUUACGAGCUUGUCAAUGAUGUUAUAUUUGAUGACUACCUAAGACAGAAAUUAGCCAAAACAGAAGCUGAGUUAUUGGCCGAGAAAAAAUGUGUGGCUCACCUAACAGGCGAGGGAAUUGCUGUUUGUGAUCUUCCUGGUGAUACCAUGCUCCCAGGAGAAAUGUAACAAGAUAAUAUUCUGAACAUCAAAGGAGAUUUGGAAGUAAGAUCAUACGAAAUUAUGUAGAAUAACGAGGAGUGCUAGUAAUACUCUUUUUUCAACCCUUAUUCUAAUGUUCACCAUCUUCUCGGGUAUAACUCAGCCGAGUCUCGCCACUUUAUGAGAAUCUCCUAUCUAACUGAGAUCCAUGUUGAUUUUACUCGAAGAAAGACUCGUGUUAGAGUGAGAGUUGGAAAGAGAGGAUUCCUUGCAGUUCAAGAUAAAUAAUAUAAAUUUCAAAACAUUAAUUUGACUUGAAAACCUUAAAGCUCAUCAACAAUGUAAUAAGUGGAAUUUUGUAUAACCUAUUUUCAGUUAUGAAGCUUGAGAUGGGUCGGUAUAAA